AACGACGGCUCACUCCGCUUGUCUCGCAAUGGAACCAAUUAAUUCACUGCCCGCGCGCUGCUUGGCAGUCUGGGGUAAAAAGUAAAAGUAUCUCUUUAGGGCUGCUGGAGGGUUGCAUCGUGGGAUAUCUUGCCUGGACACCUCCCCGUGGCAUGGAGAAUAUGGGCUCGCUGUUCUAGCCUUAUGAAGAUCAAUCCCAUACGUUGGGGUUAGGUAAUAGCAAAAACUACGCCGCCGACAAGAACACAAAAGAAGACAAAGAGAAAUAGAGAAAAGGAAAGGCCACCAUGUCGACCCUCGGCGAUGACGCGAAACUACGCACUGAUACGAUCCACCUGGAUACUCGUGUGGAGGAGGUCGACGCGGCCCAGAGGGAGAAGUACGCGCAGGAGCAGAAGAAUGUCGGCACUUUACAACGUCGCUUGAAGUCGCGACAUGUGCAGUUCCUGGCACUUUCCGGGGCCAUCGGAACGGGGCUCUUUGUGGGCAUGGGCCAGGUGCUGUCUCUGGCUGGUCCCUUGUCCGCCGUGUUGGCCUACGCGAUCACCGGCUUCAAUCUGUACGCCGUGAUCAACAGUAUGGGUGAGAUGGCUGCUUGGCUGCCACUGCCCGGUGCCGUGCCAGUCUAUGCUGCGCGGUUUGUGGACGAGGCGCUGGGGUUCACGCUGGGCUGGAAUUACUGGUAUCAGUUUGCCAUCGGGGUUCCCAUCGAGAUCAGCGCGGCUGCACUGAUCAUUGAGUACUGGCCCAACGGCGUCGAUCCCGCCGUGUGGAUCACCAUCCUGUACAUCGCGAUUUUCUUGCUUAACUGUCUCCCCGUGCGCGUUUACGGGGAGUUGGAAUUCAUUCUGGGGUCCAUCAAGCUCCUCACUAUUGUGGGCCUGAUGAUUCUCAUGUUCAUAAUCACCCUUGGCGGCGGUCCCAACCACGAUCGAAUCGGGUUCCGAUACUGGAAGGACCCCGGUCCCAUGCAGGAGUAUUUGAAGACCGGCGAUCUCGGACGGUUUCUGGCCUUCUGGAAGGUCUUCAUCCAGGCAACCUUCAGUUACGGUGGGAGCGAGAUGGUUGUCGUGGCGGCGGGUGAAACAGAGAACCCGCGACGCAACAUACCUAAGGCCGUACGCCGAGUCUUCUGGCGUAUUGCUAUCUUCUACGUUGGCAGUGUCUUCCUAGUUGGACUGUGCGUUUCGUCGCGCGAUCAGCGUUUGCUGAAUGCCAUCAGCCAUGGCGCCGAAGGGGCAGGCGCCAGUCCAUUCGUCAUCGCCAUCUCCAACAGUGGCAUCAAAGUGCUGCCCUCGAUCAUCAACGCCGUCAUCCUCUCUUCAGCGCUGUCUGCCGGCAACUCGUUCUUCUACGCUUCGACACGAAUCCUCUAUUCUACCGCGCUGGACGGAAAGGCGCCGCGAAUCCUGCGCUACGAGAAGUUUGGUGUCCCGUACGCCUGCGUGGGAGUUACCGCCGCUCUCAGCCUUCUCGUCUAUCUCAACGUUUCGGCCAGCGCCGCGGAAGUCUUCUUCUGGAUCAGCAAUCUGAGCUCAGUCAGCACGCUGAUCGUUUGGGCCUCCGUGGCCAUCACCUACACGCGAUUCUACGCGGGUCUGAAGCACCAUGGCAUCCCGCGGACAGACUUACCCUUCAAAACGCCUUUUCAGCCCUUUCUUGCCUACUUUGCCAUCGCGUUCUCCACCAUCGUUGCGUUCUUCAAUGGCUUCGACGCCUUCUUUCCGGGCAAGUUCAGCGCCAAGACGUUUGUGCCGCCGUAUAUCGACAUUCCUAUUUUCGCAAGCUUGUUUCUAGGAUAUAAGAUUGCCAAGCGUACUAAGUUCGUCAAGGUGCAGGACAUGGAUCUGUGGUCAGGCAAGGCAGAAGCUGAUCAGUUGGAGGCAUUAUGGGAGGAGCCUCGGCCACGGAACUUCCUCGAGCGGAUUUGGUUCUGGAUUGCCUGAGUGGUCAGCUGAAUAGGUUCAGGGCUGAGAUUACAUUGAGACCGCACGGAUACGAAAGCAAGACCAAGCUUAUAUGUAAUAGCGGUAUGGAGAGGCUGCAAAACUUUCUAUUAAAACCUAACUGAAUAACUUAUCACAUCAUGCGAGUACUAAUACCGAUUAUGCUAAAUCUUACACAGAGAAAUGACAUUAUCAUGUUGAUUAAGCAGUCAGGGUAUAUCAUUUAGGUCAUUAAUUCUAUCUUAUCACAGAGCAUUCUUAAUAGCACCAUCGGAAAUCCGGACUGUCCGGUCCAUCGCGAAGCCUUUCUGUCGGGACGUCUUGCGCCCGUAGAUUCAAGCCUUGCCUGGAGUUCCGGCGCUUGUUGUCCACCAUCAUCCACGAACCCAGCAGCAGGGUUAGGAUAAUUCCCGUCCCGCCGAACGCUGCCGUCGUGACGAGGGCGGGCAUAUACUUGGGCGCGUCCUGAUUGCGGAAGAUAUUCGAGCUCACGACGCCCAUUAGGUUGGCCAUGGGGACGGCAAUGCUAGUCAGCAGCAUGCGACGACCUUCAUUGGCAAUGUUGUUGUUAUACCACACGUCCAGAAGAACCGACGGUGCUGAAGUUCCCCAGGUCAUCAUGAACGAAGCAAAGUACGCAACCCCCAGUGCGGACUCGACAUCGAUGGAAGAAUAGAUCACGAAGCCGAUAAACGUGAACAGGAAACCCAGCGCCACGAACGGGAACCGCCACCGGGUCCAAUCGCUGCAGAAGGCGAGGAUCAGCAGUACCACGGCACCGGAGACGUUCGGCGCCACAGUGUAGAGGUUGGUUUUCACGGUGCCGUACCCGAGUCGCUGAAUAAUUUGAGGCAGGAAGAGCUGCACGGACUGCAGAGGCACGCCGAGGCAAAUUUGAAUAGCGAUAAUGGCCCAGCUGGUGGGCUGCUUGAAGACUCGGAGGGCGUCGCGGAUGUUUAGCUUCUCGUUCACCACGGCGGAACUGUCCACUUGCAAUCGCAGGUGCGCCAGUUCUCGUUCUUCGAAGGAAAGGAAGGAUGCCUCUGAUGCUGACUGCGGCAGGUACCAGAAGGCAAAGAUGGCGAAAAGUACGGUCCCGCCGCCUUCGAUGAGGAAUAGAUAGCGCCAUUCAGCCAAGGGUCCGGAUUUGAUUUGGAAGACGCCGAAAGCAAGCAGACCGGAAAAUGCCGAUGCAAUGCUCUGUGCGGCAUAGAAGAUGGCCAGGCGCCGGGCUAGUUCUCCACGGCGGUAGAAUCUGAGAAUGUGGGUUAGACCGGUUCGUAUGCAGGGAGUAUGAAGAACAAGGGUACAUACGUGGUGAGAUAGUAAAUGACCAGAGGGAAGAAAGCACUCUCGGCCAUGCCCAGGAACCAUCGGAUGGCCAGCAGUCCGCUGAAAUUGAAGACGGCCACCACCAGGAUUGUGCAUAGACCAAAGCCGAACAUCAUGCAGGGUAGCACCACGUUGGGGCCGUAUUUCUUGCCCAGUAUACCGAGGAAGGGAGCCGUUAGGACGUAGGGGAUAAAGAAGAUGCUAAGAAUCAGAUUGUAUUGCCCUCCUUUGAGAUUGAGGGUCUCUGGGGUACCAGUCAGCUUCUAACCCCACAAGAUGCCACAAAGCCAUAACGCAAGCAGGGCUGGAUAGUACGCACCUUCUAACCCUGCCGUUUUGGCAUUGCCUAGGUUGGAUUUAUCAAGACUGUUGAAGAGGUACAUGAUGGCCAGCACUGGCAGGAUGCGCAGAUCGAACUUCCAGACCAGAGAUCGCUCGGCCCGCGAAUCGAUAACGGCGCCUAGGUCGGAGACAUCUUGAAUCUUGGACGCGGAAAUCUCGUCCGACGUCUCGACAGGGAUGGGUUUCGCGGGGUCCGGGGUAAUAGUCGCCAUUCUGGGCCGAGGAAUGGUUGGUUGAGAUACAUGUUGCCCAUGCCGGAUCGAGGGACUACUAUAUAUGAAUUCUCAAGGCAUCGUUGCCACUUCCUG